AUGGCGUUGGCGACUUGUCAUACGCUGCCUUAUGGCCGCAAUACUCUUGAGCCAUCAGAUGCUCUACUUCGAACCCUUUCUUCGGCUCCUGAAACUGGAUCUGCAAUGGUACAGAGUAGAAUCUUCUCUUCCUGGGUGUCAUCCCUUUUCUGGUUCAUACAGUUACUCUGGCAUUCAGAGCAAAUGGCACCAACAUACCCAUUCUAUGGCACAUGGGCAAUUUGUUUAAUUGCAGAAGGCAUACUUCUUUGCGUUUCCUUAAAAACACCCAUUCUACAUGCUAGCUCUGAAUUCUUCAUUCUAGCUUUCCGGUCAUCUGCCCUGGUUGCGCUCUUGCUAUCUACUGUUGGUUUGCAUUUCCUCCGAACUAAAAAGAAAGUUCUCGAUGAAGAAAUUAGACCACUUUUAGCGACCCAGGAUAGUAUCAACGGCGAAGCAUACGGCUCCUGCAACUCACAGAUGAACCAGCAACCCCAGCCUGACGCGGGCGAAACAUCCAAAAUAAGCAACCAGGAAGAAAGCGGUAGUAAUAAUAAAUCUACUCCUAUAAGUGAUCCAAAAAGUCUCUGGGCAAUUCUAGCCUUCUUGAAAACUCUUUUUCCGUUCUUUUGGCCUUCAGGGAAGCCCGGUUACCAGCUACUUUACGCUGGAAUUGGACUCUGUUUACUCGUGGAACGUGUCAUGAACAUAAUGAUUCCAUUGCAGCUUGGAUUAAUCACAAACCUCCUAUCAAAGUCGAAUGGAGUUGUUCCUUGGAAGGAAAUAGUAAUAUUCGUUUUCCUUCGUUUGCUCAACUCCAGCGGUGGCUUAUCAGCACUGAGGACUCUCAUGUGGAUGCCACUUGAAGAUCUCUCCUAUGAGAAAGUGAGCACAACGGCAUUCAAUCAUACCAUGUCCCUUUCAUGUGAUUUCCAUGAUGGCAAAAGCUCUGGGGCUGUGUGGCAGACCAUCGCUCGUGGCCAGUAUAUCAAAGAUGUCGUCAAUCACAUCUGUUUUUUUGUGAUUCCUACCAUUGUUGAUUUAGCAUUGGCUGUCAGUAUCCUCUACUACCUAUUUGAUGCCUAUAUGGCUUUAGUUACAGCGGCCGUCACGGUAAUGUUUUUAUGGACAUCUGGCCAGGUUGUUGACCGACAGAAGCGAAAGCGAAAGUCUUAUGUUGAAACACGAUCGAAGGAAUUUACUAUACUUUGUGAAUCAACCGACAAUUGGAAAACAGUUUCGUAUUUCAAUCGAAUACCUUAUGAAAACUCUCGAUAUCGUUCAGCUGUCAGCAACCAUUUGAAAUCACGAGUGGCUUAUAGAUUCUGGGAUAGUAUGGAGAACACGGUUCAGUCAUUGGUUCUUCUAUUAGGACUGAUGGCCGCCUGCUUUAUUGCUGCGUAUGAAGUAGCUUCCGGGGCUCAACCAAUUGGGAGCUUCGUAAUGUUGCUCAGCUACUGGGCUCAAUUAUCUGCCCCACUUCAGUCACUUGCGAAUGGAUUUGGUGUUAUUGUAAGAGACAUGGUCGAUGCUGAGGAACUACUUGGGCUAUUACGUCAAAAGCCCACCAUUGUUGAUAUACCCAAUGCCAAGCCUUUGGUUUUUGAACAGGGUUGUGUUGAGUUUAAACAAGUCGGGUUUUCUUAUGAUGGAAAAAGAAAAAUCCUAGGAGGUGUGAGUUUUCGUGCCCCUUCUGGUCAAACUACUGCAAUCGUUGGAAAAACCGGAGGGGGAAAAUCCACAAUACUAAAGCUACUUUGUCGGCUCUAUGAUCCAACUACAGGCACUAUCCAUAUCGACGGACAAAAUAUCUCCAGGGUUACUACCAGUAGCUUGCGCGAUACCCUAGGUGUUGUUCCACAGGACCCUGUAUUGUUCCGUGAUACAAUCAUGGCAAAUAUUCGCUAUGCAAAGUUGGAUGCUACCGAUGAAGAAAUCAUAAAUGCAUGUAAGGCAGUUGCCCUUGAUGAUAAAAUCAAGAGCUUCCCUGACGGCUAUGAUACUUUGGUUGGAGAGCGAGGUGUGAAACUUUCUGGCGGCGAAUUGCAACGGGUUGCUAUUGCCAGGGCCAUGAUCAAGAAUCCGAAGAUUGUUCUUCUAGACGAGGCAACCAGCAGUGUGGAUAGUGAGACAGAAAUUCAUGUUCAAAGAAGUUUGAAAUUGCUAUGUGCUGGGAGAACAACAAUAGUGAUUGCGCAUCGCCUUUCCACAAUUAUGAAUGCUGAUCAAAUAUUGGUUGUAAAUGAUGGUGCAAUAGUUGAAAGUGGGACCCAUUCCGCCCUUCUUAAGCGCAAAGGCUACUACCAUCGUUUGUGUAGCUGGCAAGGCUUUAUUGUCGACGCAACCAUGCCGACUCUUCUUAAUGAUGUUACUCCUCCUCAAAUGUUAGCAGAUACCGCUCUGGGAAUGGAUCCUCGAGAUCUUAUCGAAAUAACUCCCUCGAAUCUGCAAUGUGCUGAAUCACUGCCUGAUGGACACCGUACUUCGAAACCAAGUAAGAUAUCCCCGCAGAUGUCAGUUAACCAGCCCGAAGUGUGCGAGCAUUGCGGUUGUGAAUUCGGCGAAACCGUAUCGGUGAUUGACGAUUCCAGGAGUGUAAAUCGCCCCGGCAGAAGUUUAAAACCCGAGGCCCCAGAAUUCAUUCCCCGCGCAUUACAGAACUAUGGCUUGGGUACCUCGCGCCAAUAUUACUUACAGGAAAAUAGGAACCCAAGUGUUGUAAAUCAGCGAUACACAAGCGACCAGCCACCUAGUGGCUAUGCAAGUGAUACCGGAGAGAGCGUGGAGAUUCGCACUGGCCGCGAAAAAAGCACAGAGACAAAAGCCGACUAUCAUGAUAUACAUGGACCUACUUGUGCUUUCCACCCAAAUUCGUUGGUAACAACUGCCAAUGCCAACAAGACAUCUUCCUUCCCACAUUGUCUAGCAAGAAACCAAGAGGGCGUUAGCUUUCAUGAUGAUGACGAUGAUGAUGACGAUGGAGAAACGCCUUUGACUGUGGAAAAUAACUUAAAGAAUCGCCUUAUUCGUCGAACACAGUCGAAAAGUGAGCCACCAGGUCUCAUGAUCAGGAUGAAUGGGGAUACAAAUUCUUUUCAAGGGGAUGGUGAGCCCACCGGAUCAGCGAUAGGUCAAAAUUCGGUUUUUCGAACGGAUGAGAAUUCUUUAACACAACACCGUCGACGACGCCGCCGAACUAAUUGGAAGAGGAGAAGGGAAAUGAGAACGAGUACUUUGAGUUCCCGAUCAACGGCAAAUGGGCUUCGGUAUUCAUGA